AUGGAAAAAUCUAUUCAUGCACUUAUGCUGAUACUAGUACUACUUGUUCUUGAAUCUGCCAGCUUGGCCAGUGACUUUUCUUCAUUGAGCCAUGCUGAUGAGUGCUCUCUGUUAUUCCAAUUCAAAGAGAGCAUGUCUAUUAACAGUUCUGUAUCCAUCUAUGAUUCUCGUGCUUAUCCAAAGGUUGCUUCAUGGAACCUCAAUGGAUCAGAUGGCACCGGAAAUUGCUGCUUAUGGGAUGGGGUUGAGUGCCGGUUAGGUCAUGUGAUCGGGCUCGACUUGAGCAGCAGCUUUCUCUCUGGCCCCAUCUCCUCCAAUAAUAGUCUGUUCAACCUCAUUCAUCUUCGCACACUAAACCUUGCAAAUAACGAUUUUCGUUCCUCUCAAAUUCCUUCUGGAAUAGGACGACUCUCGCAGUUAAUAAAACUGAAUCUGUCAUAUUCUUUUUUCAGUGGAGAGGUCCCAAAACAAAUCUCGCAUCUCAGGAAUUUGGUUUCCUUGGAUCUAAGGGGAAAUGGGUACCACAGUCUAAAGCUGCAAAGUUCUGACUUCCAAAAUCUAGUUCAAAAUACAAGUGAGACUCUAAGAGAACUCUUUCUCUCAGAGGUCAACAUUGAUUUUGUACCAGAUAGCUUGGUAAAUUCAUCUUCGUUAACAUCACUUGUUAUGAGUUCUUGUGGGCUGAGUGGUGAUUUCCCAACAGAUAUACUUUACUUGCAAAAACUGCAAGUUCUUGAUGUGGGAGGUAACGACAACCUUACUGGUUAUAUCCCUGAGUUUCAUGGUAAUAGUGAACUGAAACAACUGAUUGUGGCUUUUGCAAAAUUUCAAGGAUCCAUACCAGCUUCAAUCGGGAAUCUCACACACUUGAAUGUCCUGGAUUUACGUAGCAAUGCUUUCACUGGGACUCUACCUGCAUCAGUAAGCAACCUGACACAGCUCACAUAUUUGGACCUCUCCUACAAUAAUUUUGAUAGAUGGAAGCUGCCUGAUUGGUUUGGUAAGCUAAACAAGAUCACUUAUUUGGAUCUUUUAAGUGUCAACCUGUAUGGUGAAAUUCCAUCAUCAUUUUCUAAUCUGACCCAACUUGAACACUUAGACGUUUCCUUCAAUCAGUUAAAAGGAGAACUUUCAAGCUCAUGGAUGAAUUUCCAAAACUUAGAAUUAUUUUAUUUGGCUGGUAACAAUGUCACAGCAAACCUUUACUUAUUUCUUUCUCUUAAGAAGCUUAAAUCUCUGAAUUUAAGUGGAAAUAAUAUCACACUUUCAGUCAUAGAUAGCCACAUAAAUGGAACUCAGCCACAGUUCAUAUAUAUAUCGUUGGGAUACUGUAACUUGAAAGUCUUUCCUGAAUUUCUACGGUUUCAACAUCAACUGAGGAACUUGUACCUUGCUAACAAUAAUAUUGAGGGCCUGAUACCCAGAUGGAUGUGGAACAUUAGCAAGAAUACACUGAGUGAACUUUGGCUUCAUCAAAAUCUCCUAAUGGGUUUUGAGCAACAUUCACCGGUUGCUUCUUGGGUUAAUUUACGGUUACUGGACUUGAGUCACAACAUGCUGCAUGGAGAGAUUCUGAUGCCACCACCAACAACCGAGUACUUUUCUGUCUCAAACAAUAAUCUGACCGGAGGAAUUCCACCAUCCAUAUGUGACUUGUUGUCUCUCCAGUUGCUUGAUUUGUCAUUCAACAACAUUAUUGGCUCCAUUCCUCCAUGCUUGGAGAAAUUAAGCAAUUCAAAUUUGACAGUGUUGAAUCUAAGAAGCAACGCUUUGCACGGAACCAUUCCCAACAUAUUCGCCAAUGGAAGUAAGCUUCAGUUUAUUGAUUUAAGUGAAAAUAUACUCGAGGGGCAGGUACCUAGAUCAUUGGAGGAUUGUAAAUCACUCCAGAUCCUAGAUCUUGGAUAUAAUUUUAUAGGGGACGUGUUCCCGGUAUGGUUGGGAGCACUUCCAGAGCUACAAGUUCUCAUUCUCAGGUUCAACAAUUUUCAUGGUAUUAUAAGAAGACCAAGUAGAAUCAAAGUCAACUUCCCAAAAUUGCGUAUUAUUGACCUCUCAUACAAUUCAUUUUCCGGUGAUUUGCCACAUCAGUAUUUCCAGGAGUGGUCAGCAAUGAAAGAGUCCGAUACGAGUGCAGAAUAUAUGUUAGCAUUGAUCAUGGAAUAUGAUCACUCUGCGGUAGGUUAUUGGUUAUCGAUUCAGAUAACUAACAAAGGGGUAAAGACAGAUUAUGAGAAGAUUUCAGAAGCCUUUUUUGCAGUUGAUCUUUCAGGUAACAUGUUUAGAGGGAAUAUUCCAGAGUCUAUUACAACUCUCAGUGGUCUUCAGUUGCUCAACCUUUCUAAUAAUGAGCUUUCUGGUACCAUUCCACCAUCCAUGGGGAAUCUCAUACACCUUGAAUCAUUGGAUCUUUCUAGUAACAAGCUCUCCGGAAUGAUACCACAAGACUUGGUACGACUGAAUUUCCUUGCCGUCUUUAAUGUAUCCAACAACAACCUCAGUGGACCCAUACCACAAGGUAAACAGUUCAAUACAUUUUUGAACAACUCUUACAUCGGAAAUCAGGCAUUGUGUGGAUUCCCUUCAUCAAAGAAAUGUGGUGAUUCAGAAGCAUCAAAGCCUCCAAAAGCUUCCUUCGAAGAAGAUACCGAGUCUGACUUUCCAAAUGGAGUUGAUUGGGUUGUGAUACUUAUUGGUGUUGUGAUUGGGCUAGUGAUUGGACUUGUUUAUGGGGAUUAUCUAAGCAUAAAGUAUUACAAGUGGUUUUCUCAAAGAUCCAGAAGGUGA